UCUCGCUGGGUGAAUGUCAAUUCUUCUUCUUCCACCUCCUCCUCCUCCUCAUUCUUGCCGAAUCUCCCAGGCUUUGCUCCCCUUUCUGGAUGCCAGCAGCUUGUAGUGAUGGAGCAGACCGCUGUCACACACCAACCCUCUCGAUCAGGGUCCAUGUUUCAGGAAAAGGAGGGUGGAGGUUUCUCCACAGGAAGUGACAUGAACUGCUGGUCAAACAGCGUCCCUUACUCGAGCGCAGUCGCACUGACUCAGCCCGGCCUUGGUGUCACCACGACGACCGUCACCACCAUCACGCAGACGGGGGGCGACUGGAGCAGCGGCCUGUUUGACAUCUGCGCAGACGAGCGCACGUGUGUCGUCGGUGCUGUGGCGCCGUGCUGUUUGGACCUGAGUCUCGCUCACCAGUACGGGGAGUGUCUCUGUUUGCCUCUCCUGCCAGGGUCCUCCUUCGCUCUGAGGGUUGCGCUCAGGGAGAGGUACAAGAUACGAGGUAACAUUUGCGACGACUGGAGCGCCGUGUGUUGCUGUUACUCCCUGGCCGUGUGUCAGAUGGCACGAGAGCUGAAGCGGCGCACGGUGACUCGGACGUACCACGUAUCCACCGCACUACAGUGCUCGUGAACUGGAACCACGACCUCCAGACCUGACCCCGAAGGUCUCACGUACUUGAACUCAGCAGUGUCAAUUCCAAAGGCCCCUGAAGAAAAGCUGCACAAACCACUUUAUUAGGUACACCUGCACAAUGUAAUGAGAUGCAAUCGGAAAGCUAUAGCCACAAUUGUGUCUUAAUAUAAAAUACAAACGCUCACUUUAUGUUGUCUAACUGUCAGUGUCAAUCAAAACUAAGCAUUAUUAUUACAUUUUUAGAGGUGUAACGAUCGAUUAAUCAACAACUAAUCGCAUAUCAAACUAUCGACAACUAUUUUGAUAAAUGAUUAAUCAUUGAGAGACCUUGUCCAAAUCCUCAGAAUUUUAUCCUCUCAACAGUAAAUAAUCCCAGAUUUCUGUAGUGCUCCGUGAAAGCAGACCAGUUAUCUCUAUGUUUAAUCAAAAUAAGAUGUUUGCAAACAUCUGACUUUGGAAAACAAAACAAAAAUGUCACCAUUUUAUGACAUGGUACAGACCAAAGCAAUAACUAAAUCACAAUCAAUUUAUGUUUGUACAUUUU